GGCCUACUCGCUGACAUGCUACACGAGGUUCGAGGUGGUGCCCUUCUACAUGCCGCCCAACACAACGAGGGUCGUCGUGGCGCCGGCGCCGGCGGCGUCGUCCUCCUAGACGUCGUCGUCGCAACCUGCAGCGGAUUCCUCCUCGUCCUCAAGAGCUUCUAAGCAUAGCAAGUUGCGCACAAUUGUGGCAGUUUCAACCGUUGGAAUCAUUGUUUUGGUCACAACGUGCUUCAUUAUUGCUUUGAAGAUUCACAGAAGUGGGAGAUUUCCAUUACAAUCAUUGGUAAGAAAAGACUACAACAGCCGUAGGGACAAAAUCAAGGAGAUGUUGGGCAAUUACGGCUCACUGGCUCCCAAGAGGUACACCUUCUCACACCUCAAGAAAAUAACCAAAUCUUUUAGUGAGAAGCUUGGGGAGGGUAGCUAUGGCAUGGUAUACAAGGGCGCCCUACUGAAUGGCCACCAUGUCGCUGUCAAGUUCCUUCGUGACACGACCGGAAAUGGAGAGGAAUUUGUAAACGAGGUCAUCAGCAUUAGAAGGACAUCCCAUGUCAAUAUUGUCACUCUGCUCGGUUUCUGUUUGGAGGGUUCAAAGAGAGUUCUCGUCUAUGAUUAUAUGCCAAACGGCUCACUAGAGAAGUUCAUCUACGCCGAGAAUUCCAAAGAAACUCUUGAAUGGGACAAACUAUACGAGAUUGCAGUGGGAAUAGCAAGAGGAUUGGAAUAUCUUCACCGAGGGUGCAACACACGAACCAUACACUUUGACAUCAAGCCCCAAAACAUCCUCCUAGACCAGGACUUCGUUCCAAAGAUCGCUGAUUUUGGCCUGGCGAAAUUGUGCAACCCCAAGGAGAGCUACCUAUUGUUGAUGGACGGCAUGCGGGGUACGAUUGGUUUCAUUGCACCUGAGGUCUUCUCGAGACGGUUCGGAAUUGUGUCCACAAAGUCGGACGUGUACAGCUUUGGUAUGGUGCUCCUAGAGAUGGUCGGGGGAAGGAAGAACUUGCGAGAAAGUGUGGAGAGGGAAAGUGAGGUGUACUUCCCGGAUUGGGUUCACAGUCACCUGACACAACUUGGGAGCUUGCAACCAUUUGACUUGGGGCCAGCUGAACAUGAAGAGAUUGCAAAGAAGAUGGCCACCAUCGGGCUCUGGUGCGUACAAAUAUCGCCGGCAUCUCGCCCGACGAUAAGCAAGGUUUUAGAAAUGUUUGAAAGAAAUAUUGAUCAACUUGAGAUACCGCCAAAGCAGUUCAUCUACUCACCUAUACAGGAUGACUCAGAUGAUGAACGGAACGAGAGCCGAGUUUGAAGUUUCUAUGGACAUUGACAGCACUAGCUAGCUACUACCUCCGUCCUGUAUUAUUAGUCCCCUUUGUAUUUCGUGUCAAAUUUUGAUCUUAAAUUUAACUAAUGAAAUGUUAAUGCAUGUCAUAAAAAAUAAUAUAAUUAGAAACUAUGUUCAAAUACGAAUCGAACGAUAUGAUUUUUGUGAUAUGCAUUGAUAUUUUGUUAGUUGAAUCUCUAGUAAAAAUAAUUUAGCACAAAAUACAAAGGGGACUUAUAAACCAGAGGUAGUAGUAGCUAGGCAAGUUCCUUGGUUUAGAAGAAGUAUCUCAGGCAUGGCGAGGUGCCAUGGAUAUUAUUUCCCAAGUCUCAAGGAAGAUCCGCUUUACAUUUUUUAGAUGCAAAAAAAAAUAGUCUAAGAUGUGACAUAACUAUAUCACAUCUAAGAUGAUGUCACCAAUAUUUGUGGUCCCCUUUGUUUGUUUUUCUCAAUUAUUAGUGACGUUAUUUUUUCUCUCCGGCUACAGACGAAUGACCAUGAACCGGACGCAAAUAGCAAUAGUCGAUCGUGGUUCUGUGGCCACCAAACCGUGGAUGAUACAUGUAUAUUUCGAGCAUCAACACGGACGUGCAGACGAACACGCGGCCGGCCGGGCACACAGAACCGAGUAAAUGACAGGAAUGAUUAGGACGGACCUCUGCCAAUUGCCGCUCUCUUUAUACUACUAGUCUCACUCUUUGGGUAUGCAAUUUAUUUGCUACUGUAUUCAGGUUUUUUGUAAUUGGUACUGUAUGCAAAUUUUUUUGGUGAAGAAAAUAUUGUUUGCAAUUUAAAAAAAACGUUAAUGAGAAAGGAAUUAGCAAAUUUGCAAACUGUUCAUAAAUUCAAAAAAAUAACGAAUACAAAAAUGUCCUUGAAAUAAAAGAUGUCCAAAAAUUUGAAAAAAAAUCAUGUUUUGUUUUUUGAUUUAAAACACAAUUUUGAAAAAAUCAUGAUUUUUAAAAAGUUCAAAAUUUGAAGAGAAUGUUAAUGAAUUUUUAUAAGAAAGAUGAAAAUAAAAAAGAGAAAAAAAAUCAUAAAUUUUCUUCUAAAUGUGGACAUGGUCGAUAACCCUCCUCCCGCGGCUUCAUUACGGGCAUGCAGUUCCAUGUCGAUGGUGGACUUCCAACUGGGACAAAAAUGGGUCGGCCCCGGUUGCGCAUCAAGGAUGAAAUUGCAACUGAGACAAAAAGGGGCUUACCCCCUUCCCCAAUUGUGUGUCGAGGGUGGACUUGUAACUGGGACAAAAUUUAGUCGGGCCCCAAUUGUGGAUCGAGGGUGGAUUUGCAAUUGGGAUUAAAAAAUGCGGGCCCCCAAUUGCAUGUGAGGAGUGUGGUUGGACUUGCAACUAGAACAAAAAAUGGUUGGGCCACAGUUGCAUGUUGAGGGUCGA